CGGCCACGUCGCGCCCGCUCUCGCCAUCUUCGCCGCUUCCUCGCAGGGGCCGCCGCCUCCUGAGCCGCCGAGCCCCGGGGCCGCCGCGCCGACCGCCGCCGCCGCCAUGAACAUCUUCCGGCUGACCGGGGACCUGUCCCACCUGGCGGCCAUCGUCAUCCUGCUGCUGAAGAUCUGGAAGACGCGCUCCUGCGCGGGUAUUUCUGGGAAAAGCCAGCUUCUGUUUGCACUGGUCUUCACAACCCGUUACUUGGAUCUUUUUACUUCAUUUAUUUCAUUAUAUAAUACAUCUAUGAAGCUUAUCUACAUUGCCUGCUCCUACGCCACCGUGUACCUGAUCUACAUGAAAUUUAAGGCAACCUACGACGGCAAUCACGAUACCUUCCGGGUGGAGUUCCUGGUGGUCCCUGUGGGAGGCCUGUCAUUCCUUGUCAAUCAUGACUUCUCUCCUCUUGAGAUUCUGUGGACCUUCUCCAUCUACCUGGAGUCAGUGGCCAUCCUCCCCCAGCUCUUCAUGAUCAGCAAGACGGGCGAGGCGGAGACCAUCACCACCCACUACCUGUUCUUCCUGGGCCUCUACCGCGCCCUGUACCUCGUCAACUGGAUCUGGCGCUUCUACUUCGAGGGCUUCUUUGACCUCAUCGCCGUGGUGGCCGGUGUGGUUCAGACCAUUCUGUACUGCGACUUCUUCUAUUUGUACAUCACAAAAGUACUCAAGGGAAAGAAGCUCAGUUUGCCAGCAUAAGUGCCAAAGACCAUCACCAGCGUCUGUCCUUCAGGGUGCUCGGACAGAAUUCCCACCACAGCAGAGGCGUAAGAUGCUUGAUAUGGAAAAUCCGAAACUUAACUCUUUUAUUGCAGAUAGUCAUCAGUGGCUCUGUAAGGACACAGAGGAAGAGAACCAGAAGGUUUCUGUUUAAUGCAUCUUGCCUUAUCUUUUUUUAUUACUAUGUACAAAGAUUUUUUUACACAAAGAAACUUAAUGCUGUAUUAAUAAAUUCAGUAUAUAGCUUCAAUUGGGGUAGUUCCAAAGUGAAGAUUUUGUGAGGAAUAAGUGCAAACAUUUUUUUUUUAUUUUUAAAAAAGAUUUGAAGUUGUUGAUUCUUUGUGUCUGCAAUGAAAUUGUAUUUCUUGACAUUUGGUAGGUUGUAUAUUCCUCCCAUCUUUCAAACUCACAUUCCGCUCUAUUUAUUUUUUGCCAAAAGAUAGUUUAUAUCUUUUUGAAAUCUGAGACACUAUGUUCAAUUUGGCAUUCAUGUGCAAAUUUAUUACCACCUGACGUGGAAUCCUUCCUUGGACAUCACAAACACUAAUUUCAGGCUGGUGAGGAUGACUUGCAAGUCUCAUUUUUCAUUACCAAAAUUGAAGAUUCUGAAUAUAGGUGGAGUCUCAAUUUUAGGGGUCACCAAAGGUGCCUGCCCCCCUCCUCUGUUGAAAAAGGGUCAGUUUGAGACUGGCCCACGGGUGCUGGAGACCUCAGUGGGCAGAGCUGCUUGCCAUCCGAGUUGGGGUAGGAGGGACGUCGGUCACUGUCUUGGGUACAGGACUCUCCUCUGAGGAUGGGAUGCAGGUCAUCAUCUACCACAUCAGUUCACACUUGUGAAAGGACACUGCAGCCACCGCCGUGCUCUGACUUGGGCGGUUUUUCCUAUCACUUUCGGAUAGUAAAAUGAUUUCCUUUUUUUUUUUUUAAUUGGCAGCACCAAUGACCCAUUCCUUAUAUUCUUACAUCAUUUUUUUGUUUUUGUUUUUGACUGAGCUCUUGCAUGAUUUAUCUUGUGUUACCAUCCUAAAUAAACAUUUUAUUAAACAUAGAAUAAAUUGUCUUUGUUUAUGAAUUAGGCUUUUGGAACAUCCUAUGUUGGAAUAAUUUUUUUGUUUCUCAAUUGGCAAUAAAAUCUCUACAGAGGUGCAAACAUUUAAAGUACACUUUAUAGUCUGUAGAGCUUUUUGUAUUUGUGGAAGUAUUAGAUUUUUUCCUCCUGGUUUUUCCAUUGUAUUGAUUUGCUACAUAUUUCUUUUGAUUUAUGCAAACGUAUAUGACUUUGUUUUGAUGUGAUGCACCAUAAAUGUUAAAGUGUUGGAUACUAACUGUGCUUACUAAAGACGGAUUUAGUAUUACUGCUUUCUGCAUUAAAAUAUCAUGUGGAGGAUGGGAGCUGGAUGGGUGUCUCUUAACUGCUUUCUAAAUCUGCAGUGUAACUGCAUAGUUUAACCCUCUGUCUUUAUCUUCCUCAUUUUGCUUUUCUGCCUUUGCCUUAUGUUUUUAUCGGAGUAUGCCUUUCCUUCUAGCAUCCUAGUUCUGGUUUCUGUUUUCAUCCUCUUUGGAAGAUUCUGAGCGUGUGGAGGAUGGAUGGGCAGACAUCCAUCAUGAGUGGGACGGAUGCUGGCUGCCCGGACUCGGGAUGGGCUGGGAAGGUGCACACCUGUUUUUGUGCAUGUAAACCAAGCCCCAGCUGGGAUUCAUCCGUGGCACAGAGCUAGGAUCUGAAACCUCAGCAUACCUCCCAACUGAAGUGUCCGUGCUUCUGUGGAGCCGUUCUGCCCAAGCAGAUAAAAUAGGCUCCGAUGUUACCACCACUUUUGUGGUCAGCCAAGAGGGCAGCCCCCUCGCUCCCUCGGAACCGAAGGCCUCGUGUGCUGGGUUGUGAAGCACUGUCAGAGUUACUUUCCCUUCCUAAAUAAAGGUUAUCGGGUAACUAA